AUGGCUGUUCCACCCUCCUCACGCCUGUCAGCACCAUCACCAAAUGCAACGCUACGCGACGACAGCUAUCGUUUGCACAGUGCAUGGAUGCCAUCAUUCCCUGAAGAUGAUGAGGAGUCCACCACCCUUAUUACUCUUCGUAUUGCUCAGGAACCGGGAGAGCUCACUCGGCAUCGCGCCAUGCUUGCCAUCAUCUCUCAGUGUCUGGUGGACGGUGUCUCAGAGGCGACGUGGCACGGACGAACUGAUUCUCCUCCCGAUUGGUUGACUAUUUGGUUGAACUGGUGUCACACUGUGAUGAAUGUCUCACCUCCUGCUGGAGGGUCCGCAAACGGUUAUCAAUUGACAUGGUGUUUGCAACCAAAGAUGAUCACACCGUCAGUAGCUGAGCUCAUUGAUCUGUUCGAUGCAGAGGGGGCGUUCAUUUUUGUGGAACGCUGCGAUAGUGAAAAGCCAAGGUUCCAUGUGGAAAAGACAAGCACCAUCCAGGGGUCAGGUGGUCACUUUCCAACCAGGGCAGAUGCUGGCGCGCUGAUUGCGCCCGAUCUGCUGUUUGACAUGCCCGUGAUGCUUGCAGACAUGGCACGCAGCUUAGCCAACGACAUCAGUGUGGCCAUAAUUUAUGCCUACACAGAAGAUCUCGCAGCCCGCCUGGUCUCUGAGGCCAUGAAACUCGAGAACGCACCAUUCGUGUCAGGCAGAGGCCACGUCAUGGACUUAAUUAUGCGGAAUGGUACUAGUACUUCAGGUGCAGGCAGUGGAACCUGA